GCCGGGCACGGCGAACGCCCCCGCCCCCGCCCGCCCGCCAGCCACGUCCGUCUCCCGUCCCGGCUCCUUUCCAUGGUUCCCGGCGUGGUUCGUGCCUGCCGCCGCCCCCGCAGCGCCGGUGGCAGUGGAGCUGUGGCACGAGGACAGCGUGUGCAGGAGGUCCAUAGCUUGGUGGGUGUGCUACAAGGUGCUGGGAUGCUGCAGCGCACCGGGGGCUGACGUGCGGAGCUGUGGCUGUGGGGAGCAGUGCCCCUGCUGCCCACCCAUGCUGCCGGCCAGCAGCCGGGGCCGUGCCCCGUGACGAGGUGCCCACCUCACCAGGCCCACGCCAUGACCAGCCUCUUUCGGCGCAGCAGCAGCAAUGGCGGCUCACGCGGCGGCUCCUCGGCACAGGAGCUCAACAACAGCCGCCCCGCCAGGCAGGUGCGCCGGCUGGAGUUCAACCAGGCCAUGGAGGACUUCAAGACCAUGUUCCCCAGUAUGGACUACGACAUCAUCGAGUGCGUUUUGAGGGCCAACAACGGCGCUGUGGAUGCCACCAUCGACCAGCUCCUCCAGAUGAACCUGGAUGGCAGUGGCUGUGAGGACAGCUCGGACUCAGAGGACAGCAUUCCCCCCGAGAUCCUUGAGCGCACACUGGAGCCAGACAGCUCGGAUGAGGAACCUCCCCCAGUGUACUCCCCCCCAGCCUAUGAGAGCCAGGUGCUGGGCAGUCCACGUGCACCUCCCACCCCCCCACCCAGGACGGAUGUGCCGGGGCCUGGACGCUACAGGAACUGGAACCCACCGCUGCUGGGCAACCUCCCUGAGGACUUCUUGCGCAUCCUGCCCCAGCAAGCUGCCCGGGCACAGGGCUCCCCUGGAUGCCGGCAGCCUGUGCAACGGGGCCAGGGCUCCCUGGAGCAGGAGAGGAGGUGGAAGCAGUACCUGCAGGAUGAGCGGAUUGCACUCUUCCUGCAGAAUGAAGAGUUCAUGAAGGAGCUGCAAAGGAACCGGGAUUUCCUCCUUGCCCUGGAGAGAGAUCGACUGAAAUACGAGUCAAAAAAAUCCAAGUCAGCCAGUGCUGCUGUCAACAAUGAUUUCUGUUUCUCCUCCAUAAUACCAGGUGAUGUAGCCACUCCUGGAACCAGUGAAGCUGGCAGUGCCGUGUCUGACGAUGCCUUAUUCAGAGACAAACUGAAACACAUGGGAAAAUCAACGCGCAAGAAACUGUUUGAACUCGCCAGAGCCUUCUCUGAGAAGACAAAGAUGAGGAAGUCAAAAAGAAAACACUUGUUGAAGCACCAGGUGCUGGGGACAGCUGCGUCCACAGCAAAUCUUCUUGAUGAUGUCGAAGGACACUCGUGCGAUGAAGAUUUUCAAGCACGGCGGCAGCAGCUCCCAGAAGAGGAGGAGACCCUGAAGGAAGGGCAAUAAAUGGUGAGGGCUGUGUUGCUGUGGCUGGUGACAGCUCCAGCGCCGUGAUGGGACGGUGCUGGCCAUGGUGCAGCUGAGGCUGAGCACACACUGUUCUCCCUCCUCCUGGUCUCCUCCCCUCCAGGUCCCAGCGCUGGGGUUUAUUGCUGGCACAGAAUGUGCAAAGGGCUUAAUAAGAAGAUGGCUGGGAAAAAAAAGGAAAAAAACAAAACAAAAACCACCCAACGAAAAUAACAGUUUUUUGGCUGUUCCCCCGCUGCUGUUGUACUCCUCUGAAGUACAAACACUGAAGUGAGGCACAAAGUUUUCUUACCAGAGGUUUGAAAACAACUUCUAUCUAGAAAAUCAGCCAAAAAAAGGAAAGAAAAGGAACCAGCUGGUGUGAGCUGUGGCAUAGAGGCUGGUGGGUCUAGGACUCAGGGAGGAGCCGUCCCUCCUGCGUGUGGGACCCACACAGUGCCGCCAGAAGAGUGCACAUGGGCUGUGCUAAGGGGAUGCUCCGGCUGCAGAGCUGCUUGGCGGAGCUUCCCUACACAUAUCUGUGGUGAUCUGAUGUAACUUUCCUCUGCGCACGCAAGAGAAGAAAACACACAAGGAAGAAACUAAAAACCUUUAUCUCUACUAUUGGUAGGAAUAAUAAGCAGAGAUUCAGAUCAGGUAAUAGUCAAAUAAUAUAAGUUGUUUAUAAAAGGAAAGGCCUUCUUUUCCAAGGCAUUUCCCUUUGCAUUAAAUCUUUGCCUUUGGCAUCGCUCAAACUGCCUUGAAGUUGGACCCGCACUGCCUUGCUCCCUGCGGGGCAGCACCGAGGGCUGGAUCUGCUCUGGUGCAGCAGCUGGGCCAGGACACGUUCUGUGCAGUGCUCCAGUAAUGUUCCUGGGGCCGGGCAGGGACGUCCCUCACCAUAGAUAAGGUGCAGAUUUGGGGUUUGCAGCUGGGGCUGGCGGAGAUGUUUCUGGCACAUGAGCCGGAGUAGGGCAGGAGAAGCACUGCCAGCCUUGGGGGUUGUUUCUCCAGGAGAGUGAGUGCAGGGGCAGCCGGGAGGCAGCGCUCAGAUCUCUGCAGCAUCCUGAGAUGUUGUCAGGCUAAAAAUAAUGGCGUAAACAAAUUCCUUCCCUGUGUAAGUAACGAGUGAUGAGCACUAAGUCAGAAUCCCGCCAGCACAUUUUCUUCUCCUUUAUCAGCGUAAUCUGUUUACUGCUUAAUCAGGAGGUGGCUGCACACAUGCCUGUUCUGCUUUCUGGCUCCUGUGAACCAGCACAAAUGUUGUGAGGUUUGUGCUGUGAAGGCGGCAGACACAGAAUCUCAUCCACCAGACACGCACGCAACUGCCGUCCCUGCCUCUCUGUGGGAUUGCUAACAAAGCCCACAUUGCUCUGGCUCCCGGCGGGCUCCUCCCAAAUCCUCCCUGCAUCCCCUUUGAAGUGGAUGCCAACAUUUUCCCCCACAGCCACAGCGCACCUGUUGAGUGCUGCCACGGGGCUGAGUGAUGCAGGGACGCCAUGUGCCAUCGGCACUGCUGUGGGAUCCUUGCACCACAGCUGGAACUUGAAGGAGCUGCCCUCAGGUCAGAGCCUGACUUUGGUUCUGCUCCUUUUUAAGGAGAGGGUGGUGGUCUCCCCUUUGAAAUAGGGGCUGCUGCAGUGUCACACUGGCCUUAUCCCCAAGGUGAUGUUAGAAGGUAGGAAUGGGGUGCAGGGAGGUAAUGGGGAGGCACUGCCCUGUGCAGUGUCAGGGUCUGGAGAGGUGCAUGUCCCACAUGGCACGGUGAAGCUUUGCUGCUGGAGCAGCUGGGGCUGCUGUCCCCAGCGUGGGGCUGGCUCUGAGAUAGCGGGAGGCCAUCGCUGCUCCCUCCCAGCCCAAAGCAGUGCUGCGUAGUUGGAAAACAAUCAAGCUUGGAAUUGGAUCAGCUUGUAAACGUUCCAGUGCUUCUGAGCUACCAAGGGCUGAACUCGCAGCGAAGUUUCCAUGCGUGCAGGAAGCACAGACAGGCGGUGCAGGGGGCUCCUGUGGGCUGGGAGCUGCUUUGGGGGCAGUGGAUGUGCCCACAACAACGUGCCCUGGGCUGUCCCAGCCUGUGCUGCGCAGCUGGGAGUGAUGUCACUGCGGCCAUCUUAAAAUGCCUUGGAGGCACAAAACAUCCUUUCGAUGGACAGUGAGGAGUGUUUGUUUGUAUCUCCUUUAACACGACAGUAAAUCAGGUCUAACGAGCAGAACGGCCCCUACAAUGGCUCGGGAGCCAAAAGGCAUUUCUCGUAUCAAGCUGUACAAUUCUCAGUGACGUUUCUAUCGCUUCUAUACAAAAACGUUUUAAAAGGAACAACAACAAAGAGGUCUGUGGUGUGUGUGAGUGUCGCUCUCGUAGGAUUUAUUUCCAUAAGUGAUUUUCUUUUUUCUUACAGAUGUUUAAUAGUAAUUCAGAUAAUAAAGUCCUGUCGUACUCUUAA